AGUGAGCGAUGAGAAGGCUCUUGUGCGUGGCCCACGGAGUCGCCUUGGCCUCCGUGCGCUGCGGCUGCGGCCCUUUCAGGCUCAGGAUGUUCUACGCCGUGAGGAGGGGCCGCAGGGCCGGGGUCUUCCUCACCUGGAAUGAAUGCAGAGCACAGGUGGACCGGUUUCCUGCUGCCAGAUUUAAGAAGUUUGCUACAGAAGAUGAGGCCUGGGCCUUUGUUAGGAACUCUGUGAGUCCUGACAGUUCAGAAGGGCAAAAGAACAAACAUGUGCAAGAAUCACAAGUAAAAGCCCUCAAGUCCCUCCGUGAGCCCCCAGGUGGAGACAGCGAUGAAAGCACCAAGCCCUGUGCAAAGCGUGUGAAACAGAACACAGAGUCAGCUCCUUCAGUUGGCAAAGACACGUUUUCUUAUAUGGGAGACUUUGUCAUUGUCUACACUGAUGGCUGCUGCUCCAGUAAUGGGCGGAGGAGGGCACGAGCAGGAAUUGGCGUUUACUGGGGACCAGGCCAUCCUCUAAAUGUAGGCAUUAGACUUCCUGGGCGCCAGGCAAACCAAAGAGCAGAAAUUCAUGCAGCCUGCAAAGCCAUUGAACAAGCAAAGGCUCAGAACAUCAAUAAAUUGGUUCUGUAUACGGACAGUAUGUUUACCAUAAAUGGAAUAACUAACUGGGUGCAAGGGUGGAAGAAAAAUGGAUGGAGGACAAGUUCUGGGAAAGAUGUGAUGAACAAAGAGGACUUCGUGGAGCUGGAUGAGCUCACCCACGGCAUGGACAUUCAGUGGAUGCAUGUUCCUGGUCAUUCGGGAUUUAUAGGCAAUGAAGAAGCUGAUAGAUUAGCAAGACAAGGAGCUAAACAACCUGAAGACUGAAGUAAUUUUAAUACUUGGGAAAACUUGAGCCAGUCACUAUUUUGUUCCUUUCGCUUUCUGGUGUGGAAAAUAAGACUACAGGGUGGACCACUGCAGUAGAUAAUGAUGAUGAUUCAGCUCUCACACUGAAUCAGGAAGGCGUAGUGGGGUUCUCUGAUAUGGUUUGAUAAAAAGUGGUUAAAUGUGUAAUAGAUUGAACACCUUUGAGAUUUGAGAAUCGUGAGAUUUCAGCAUCAUGCUUAUUGGGCUUGAUAUUGUGCUUGUUUGUUUUAUUGUAGUCUGGCCCAGAGUGCUAGAACUUUGAUUUUAAUAAAGAAUCAAUAAAACAUUGUUAAAA